CACCACCACCCCCCCCAGCACCAUCUCCUCCCUCCCCCCCCCAUCCUCACUCCGGCUUCACCAGCUCAGGGCGAGAGGAUCCCAUCCAGUGAGUGUGAGCGGGGGGCCACCACUAGCCGGUCCCCAGGAGCCCUUCCAGGACCACACCUGCAGCCUCCUCCUCCUCCUGCAGGUACCCAUCUGAAGUUUCCUGAAAGAAUGCAGGGGUACAUCAUGGAACAGUAUUUAAGACUUGGCUCUGGGAGUCCGCUUUGAGCAGUCCAGUAAUCCUUUAACAUGAACUUGGCAUAGAAACUGACUUGUUCUCAACCAGGUUGUAUUUUAAUUUUUGGGAGUAUAACUUCCAACUGGAGUUGAGUCUUUGACGGCUAGAUUUAAUUUGACUACAUCAAGGGAUUGUCUGUGGUCAAGAUGGCUAACAAUUCAGUUGCGUACAGUGGUGUAAAAAACUCUAUAAAUGAAGCAAAUCACGGGGGAGAUUUUGGGAUCACGCUUGAUGAACUUCGAGACCUUAUGGAACUGAGAUCAACGGAUGCAUUACAAAAAAUAAAGGAAUGCUAUAGCGAUGUUUUUGGAGUUUGUAGCAGGUUGAAAACUUCACCGCACGAAGGUUUAAGUGGAAAUCCGGCAGAUCUGGAGAGGAGGCAAGAAGUAUUCGGGAAGAAUCUUAUACCUCCUAAAAAGCCAAAAACAUUUCUUCAGUUAGUAUGGGAAGCACUACAGGAUGUAACAUUAAUUAUAUUAGAAGUAGCAGCCAUAAUUUCUUUAGGCCUUUCUUUUUAUCGACCUCCAGGUGGUCAUAAUGAAUUGUGUGGAGAAGUCAGUGGUGCUGCCGAGGAGGAGGAAAGUGAAGCAGGCUGGAUUGAAGGGGGCGCUAUCCUUGUAUCUGUUGUAUGUGUGGUGUUAGUAACGGCUUUCAAUGACUGGAGUAAAGAAAAACAGUUUAGGGGCUUGCAGAAUCGGAUCGAACAAGAACAGAAAUUUACAGUUGUUCGAGGAAGCCAAGUCAUUCAAAUACCUGUGGCCGACAUUGUUGUUGGGGACAUUGCUCAAAUUAAAUAUGGUGAUUUGUUACCUGCUGAUGGAGUACUUAUACAAGGAAACGAUCUUAAAAUUGAUGAAAGCUCGUUAACUGGAGAAUCUGAUCAUGUUAAAAAAACACUGGAGAAGGAUCCUUUGCUGCUUUCUGGGACUCACGUUAUGGAAGGGUCAGGGAAAAUGGUUGUUACUGCUAUAGGUAUAAAUUCACAAACUGGAAUUAUAUUCACUUUACUUGGAGCUGGAGAAAAUGAGGAAGAAAAAGAAAAAAAGGACAAAAAAAGCAAAAAGCAAGACGGAACUAUUGAAAAUCGAAACAAAGCAAAAGCACAAGAUGGUGCAGCAAUGGAAAUGCAGCCAUUGAAGAGUGAAGAAGGGAUCGAUGGAGAGGAUAAAAAGAAAUCAAAUGUAACGAAAAAGGAAAAAUCUGUCCUGCAGGGAAAACUUACUAAACUGGCAGUUCAGAUUGGCAAAGCAGGUUUGGUGAUGUCUGCGAUUACAGUCAUAAUUCUCGUGCUGUAUUUUGUCAUCAAUACCUUCUGGAUUCAGCAGCGUCCCUGGCUCGCUGAAUGUACACCAAUUUAUGUUCAGUAUUUUGUCAAGUUUUUCAUCAUUGGAGUUACAGUUUUGGUUGUAGCGGUUCCAGAAGGUCUUCCACUUGCAGUUACCAUUUCCCUGGCUUACUCAGUAAAGAAAAUGAUGAAAGAUAACAAUUUAGUAAGGCAUUUAGAUGCCUGUGAAACCAUGGGUAAUGCCACUGCAAUCUGUUCUGAUAAAACCGGAACUUUGACCAUGAACAGGAUGACUGUUGUCCAGGCGUUUCUUGCUGAAAAACACUAUCGGAAGAUUCCUGAUGCCGAGUCUCUGCCUGAGAACGUUUUGGAUCUCCUUGUGUCGGGUAUUUCGGUGAACUGUGCUUAUACAUCAAAAAUUUUGCCUCCUGAAAAGGAAGGUGGGCUACCGCGCCAUGUUGGUAACAAAACUGAAUGUGCCUUGCUGGGUUUUCUUCUGGAUCUAAAAAGAGAUUACCAAGACGUAAGGAAUGAGAUCCCUGAAGAAACCUUAUUCAAAGUGUACACCUUUAAUUCUGUCAGAAAGUCCAUGAGCACAGUGCUGAAAAAUAAUGAUGGCAGUUACCGAAUGUUCAGCAAGGGUGCUUCCGAGAUAGUCCUUAAAAAGUGCUACAAAAUCCUUCGUGUAAAUGGUGAAGCACAAAUAUUCCGACCAAGUGAUCGAGAGGACAUGAUCAAGCGUGUGAUUGAGCCCAUGGCUUCUGAAGGGCUGCGGACAAUAUGUCUGGCUUACAGAGACUUUCCUGCUGGAGAGGAGGAGCCUGACUGGGAAAAUGAAAAUGAGAUACUCAGCAGGCUAACCUGUAUUGCUGUUGUAGGAAUUGAAGAUCCGGUCAGACCAGAGGUACCUGAUGCAAUUAGAAAAUGUCAGCGUGCAGGUAUUACCGUACGAAUGGUCACAGGUGACAACAUAAGUACGGCACGAGCUAUUGCCACGAAGUGUGGCAUUCUUCACCCAGGGGAAGACUUUAUUUGUGUGGAAGGCAAAGAAUUCAAUAGACGCAUUAGGAAUGAAAAGGGAGAGAUUGAGCAAGAAAGGAUAGACAAACUUUGGCCUAAGCUCCGUGUUCUUGCAAGAUCAUCUCCAACAGAUAAACAUACGUUAGUUAAAGGUAUCAUUGAUAGCACAGUCUGUGAGCAAAGGCAAGUUGUUGCGGUGACAGGUGACGGGACAAAUGAUGGCCCUGCGUUGAAGAAAGCUGAUGUUGGUUUUGCUAUGGGUAUUGCUGGAACAGAUGUAGCAAAGGAAGCAUCUGAUAUUAUCCUUACCGAUGACAACUUCUCUAGCAUUGUUAAAGCUGUGAUGUGGGGAAGGAACGUCUACGACAGCAUCUCAAAAUUUCUUCAGUUUCAGCUCACUGUCAAUGUAGUAGCUGUCAUUGUAGCUUUUACAGGAGCAUGCAUCACACAAGACUCUCCACUUAAAGCUGUUCAAAUGUUGUGGGUAAAUCUUAUAAUGGACACGUUUGCUUCACUUGCGUUGGCAACUGAGCCACCAACGGAGUCACUUUUGUUAAGGAAACCCUAUGGUAGAAACAAACCUCUCAUAUCGCGCACAAUGAUGAAGAACAUUUUAGGUCACGCAGUCUACCAGCUUGUUGUAGUCUUUACACUUUUGUUUGUUGGUGAAAAACUUUUUGAUAUUGAUAGUGGGCGAAAUGCCCCUCUUAACGCCCCUCCUUCUCAACAUUACACUAUUGUCUUUAAUACAUUUGUGAUGAUGCAGCUGUUUAAUGAGAUUAAUGCAAGGAAGAUCCAUGGAGAAAGAAAUGUUUUUGAAGGGAUAUUUAACAAUGUAAUCUUCUGCAGCAUUGUAUUGGGUACUUUUAUAAUACAGAUUGUUAUUGUACAGUUUGGUGGAAAGCCUUUUAGUUGCACUGAACUGACUGUAGAUCAGUGGUUGUGGUCUGUUUUCCUUGGUAUGGGAACAUUACUUUGGGGCCAGCUUGUAACAUCAAUACCAACCAGUCGUUUGAAGUUCCUUAAAGAAGCAGGCCAUGGAACACAAAAAGAUGAAUAUCCUGAAGAAGAGCUCAACGAAGAUGCUGAAGAAAUAGAUCAUGCAGAGCGAGAAUUGCGUCGUGGUCAGAUCUUAUGGUUUAGGGGACUGAACAGAAUACAAACUCAGAUGGGAUGGUCCUUUCUCUUGUUCUCUCUCUCUCUUGCUGAGCAAGCUGUCACAAUCUCUGAUUCCUUGCAGAUGGAUGUAGUGAAUGCUUUCCAAAGUGGAAGUUCCAUUCAGGGGGCUUUAAGGCGGCAACCCUCCAUCGCCAGCCAGCAUCAUGAUAUCCGAGUGGUGAAUGCAUUUCGUAGUUCCUUAUAUGAAGGUUUAGAAAAGCCAGAGUCCAGAAGUUCCAUCCACAAUUUCAUGACACACCCAGAGUUUAGAAUAGAAGACUCUGAACCUCAUAUUCCGCUCAUUGAUGACACAGAUGCGGAAGAUGAAGCCCCAACAAAGCGUCAUUCUACUCCACCACCCUCUCCCAACAAAAAUAACAAUGCCGUUGAUAGUGGAAUACAUCUUACAAUAGAACCGAACAAAUCAGCUACCUCUUCGUCCCCAGGCAGUCCGCUACAUAGUCUGGAAACGUCACUCUGAUUGUAAGAUGAAUGUUAACGUACUAGCUGAUUUGCAAGAAGAAACAAAUAUGAAACUGGGUCCUUUCACACAUUGUGGUGGGCAGGAGAAUUGGUCCUGCCUUUGGACUUCUAAUGAAGACACACUUGUAUGAAUGUAGAUUUAUUUUUUUAAAAAAAGCUUUCUGCCAGCCUGAGGGUGCUUUUCUUGGGAAGGAAAAGGGAUGGGGUGGACUUUGUGAGAUGAACUCUUGACAGAACAAUAAACUCCUCAAAAGUGACCUGCAGAACAUCUGUUAUACUAAAAGUUGAUUGACCUGGACAAUGUGUUAGCAAUGCUCUAGUUUAUAUUGAUCCUCAUUUUUUUCCCUAUUGGGCCCUGGGUCGUUGAUUUCAUUAUUUAUGUUAUAAAUGAUACAGAUCUGUUUACAAGGUUUCUAGAUAUUUUUGUUCCGGUUAAUAGAAGGGAAGCUUCCUGAUAAACAAAAAAAGCCCUUUAAAACACUGCUGUACUUUCACAAAAAAAGGGGUGUUUCUAUUGAACCAGAACUACUUUUUUUUUUUUUUUUGCCUGCAAUUUACUUGUUUAAUAUUGUAGAUAAAUUGCUAAGACUAAUAGCCAAAUAGUAAACACUAAUGCUUUGUAAAAAAAAUUUAAAAAAAAAAUCAAGCAGCAGUGUUCGAACGAAAAAAUGAUGGCCUCUGUCCUUAGUUUCUUUAAAAAAAAAAAGAAAAAAACAUUUACUACUUAAUGGUUUUCAUUUUUUUUUUUUUCCAAUGUCUAAAGAAAUGUUAAAAGAACUUUGAUCUAAAGCUCAAAGGAAUAUUGUAUAAUGCAGGACAUCAAUGUGUGACGGAUCUUGCUUGAAAUACUUUUGCUUUCUCCGUCAAAAAUAUAUAAAAUCAAAAUACAUCAAAAAUUAGUCUUUUUUUUUUUUUCUUCUUUUUUUUAUGUUUGUCUAAACAUGUUAGUUUUAGAACUGUCUUGGUGAACUGUGAGUGGAACAGUGUUGAUUUUUUCUAAUAAAUCUUUAGGUGACCUUCAUACAGCAUGAGGGCUGUUGGCAUUUUGAAAAAAAAAAGUUACUACGAGAAAGUAGUAGUUAUACAUGUUUUCCUUUUUUGUUUUUGAAACUUGUUUGUAAACACAAUAAACAUGCCCUUUUAUUAAAAAAAA